UCUUUUCAGUUCCACAGGUACACAGAGAGGAGGAAAAAUAAAAAGGAUAAUAGAAAAAUAAACAUCAGCAGAUAUGAUACUGAGCCCAAGAUUGAGUCUUUUGAGCUUUAAAUUUCAUCUCCUAUAGAUAAUGAGCAAAGGGCUCUGUGUCUUCUACUUAGUAGAAGAGGAUGGUUUCUCUUUCCCAAGAACUAGAGUCCCUUCUCCAAUGUCCGAUUUUUGAUGCCCUUUAUUGUGCAGAAGAGCGUUUUGAGGAAGAUUUGAAUCUUGGGUUUGGCUUCCAAGAACAUAAAACUAAUGAUUUCCAUGAGAUUUAUAAAAAGCCCUUGCCCUUCUUCUUUGAACAUGACCUUUUCUGGGAAGAUGAUGAACUUGUGAACCUUUUGUAUAAGGAAAAACAGAGCCGCUUGAUUUAUGAGGAAAUAAAUUCAGAUGGGUCUUUAGUAACUGUUAGAAAGGAGGUUAUUAAAUGGAUUCUAAAGGUUACUGAGCACUAUGGAUUUACUGCUUUGACUGCUGUUUUAGCUGCUAAUUACUAUGAUAGGUUUGUUACGAGCUUUUGCUUUCAGAAGGAUAAGCCAUGGAUGAGCCAAUUAGCUGCUGUGGCCUGUCUUUCAAUAGCUGCAAAGGUGGAGGAAACUCAAGUGCCUCUUCUAUUAGAUCUUCAAGUGGAAGAAUCAAAGUACGUGUUUGAGGCGAAGACUAUUCAGAGAAUGGAACUUUUGGUGCUAUCCACUCUUCACUGGAAAAUGAAUCCUGUAACCCCAAUCUCAUUCUUUGACCACAUUGUGAGGAGAUUUGGGUUCAUGAAUAACCCCCAUUCACAGUUCUUGAGUAGGUGUGAGAGCCUUCUCCUCUCUAUUAUCACCGAUUUUAGGUUUUUGGGUUGCCUUCCAUCCGUUGUUGCAGCUGUAACGAUGAUAUAUGUCAUUAGAGAUAUUGAGCCUUGUGAUGCAAAGCAAUUCGAAAAUCAGCUUAUGAGUGCGCUCAAAAUCAGCAAGGAAAAGAUUGAUGAUUGCUAUGAACUUAUCCUGGACAUCAUUGAUGAUCAUGGUCAGAAGCAAUGCCACAAGCGCAAACACGAGUCCAUUCCAGGCAGUCCAAAUGGCGUGACCGAUGCAUAUUUUAGUUGUGAUAGCUCCAAUGAUUCGUGGGUAGUUGCACCACCUCUUUCAUCACUGCCUGAACCUCUAUUUAAGAGAAGCAAAGCUCGUGAGCAACCUUUGGGAUUGACUCCAAUAAGCAAUAUGUCUGUGGGUGCAGGCAGUAGCCCUCAGUGAAUUCUCAUUCCCUAGUUUACCUAAUAUUGGCAAUGGUACUUCGUCAUCCCUUUUGGCUAUGCAUUAUCAUUACAAUUCUGUGAAAUUAUUAUAUAUUCCAUUCCGUCUCUCUGUAUUUUUGGCAAAAUACAUGUUGGAUCAGACAAAUGUUGAACAAUUGGCUCCUAUAUCUCUUUGAUUUGGGAUGGAGAGUGAUAUCAGAAAGAGAGAUUAUUGGACUUUUUC